AGUGAGCAGAGAGGCAGAGCACGACACACAGCAGGGCUACAGCGACACUGGCAGCGGCAAGUAUGAGAGGAGAGAAGUUCACAGGGUGAGCUAGCCUGGUUGGCAGCCGUUGUCGCAUUCUCGGAGGAAUAAAGCAAACCGCUGGACGCCGAGAAGUCGCGGGACACAGACUGGACCAAUAACUGGUGGAUACGUGAGGUUCUGGAUACCGAGCAGCGGCGGCGGUGGCGCGGCAGGAGCAGGGCGAGUGUGUGAGUGCUUUGGCGGCGGUCCCGCUGCUAGCGAAACAUGAACAAAAACCACCGAGUGCCGAGCAACCGUUCUCUGAGUGCCGUGGAGGUGAAGAGCAAGUUCGGUGCAGAGUUUCGUCGGUUCUCACUGGAUCGGUCGAAGCCGGGCCGCUUCGAUGAGUUCUACGGCCUCCUGCAGCAUGUGCAUCGCAUCCCCAACGUGGAGCUCCUGGUGGGCUACGCCGACGUCCACGGGGACCUGCUGCCCAUCAACAAUGACGAUAACUACCACAAAGCCAUCUCCGUGGCCAGCCCUCUACUCAGACUGUUCCUGCAGAGGACAGAGGAAGCUGAUUACACGUUUGGCACUAACUCGCUGACGAGGAAGAAGAACACGGUGCUUUCGGCGGUUCUUCUGCGGCCUGACACCAACAGGAAAAAGCCCCCGGUGAUCAUCAGCCUUCCGAGGGACUUCCGCCCCGUCUCCUCCAUCAUCGAUGUGGACAUCCUCCCCGAGACGCACCGACGCGUUCGCCUGUACAAGCACGGCCAGGAGAAACCGCUGGGCUUCUACAUCCGGGACGGCUCCAGCGUGCGGGUCACUCCGCAGGGCCUGGAGAAGGUUCCGGGGAUCUUUAUCUCCCGCAUGGUUCCCGGCGGGCUGGCGGAGAGCACCGGCCUGCUGGCGGUCAACGACGAGGUGCUUGAGGUGAACGGUAUCGAGGUGGCUGGGAAGUCUUUGGACCAGGUGACGGACAUGAUGAUCGCCAACAGUCACAACCUCAUCAUCACCGUGAAGCCUGCCAACCAGCGGAACAAUGUGGUCCGCAGUGGAGGGGGGGGGGGAGCGUCCGGCAGCUCGGGCCGCUCGUCGGACAGCGGCGCCAGCUACUACGGCUACUCGUCGCACGGCGCCGCGGCCUCCAUGCCGUCGCACAUCAUACAGAACUUCCCCGCGGGGGAGCUGGAGAGCGACGAGGACGACGAGGACUUGGUGAUCGAGGCAGGAGGCGAGGCGGAGCCCAUCAGACGCGCCUCCUCCACCUACAGCAUGCCCUCCAUGCCCCGCUACGAGCCGCACCUCAACCUCCGCAUGGCCGCCGCCUCCACCUCCGCCCUCUCCGUCAACACCAACGGAACCCUGCCAGCCAGCGGCAGCAGCGGGUCGCUUAGCAACGCCAUCGCCACGUCCACCACGCCGUCCCCAGACAGAGGAAUGGAGAGGCGGAGUCUGGAGGAGGACGGCACUGUGAUAACUCUGUAGGCUGGGCGCUCACACACUAAACACUGGAAACAGAGACAAACACCCACAUGCUCUCAGAGCUGGGGUCAGAUUAUCUACAGGAACAUCCUGCAGCAUCACGCAGCGACUGAACCUGAGAAGCACAACGUGUACAUAUGAAAUCUCAACAUGACACAACUACAUGUCUACAGCAGGGUUAUGGCCACAUGUGAAAAGAUAGAAUACUGACAUUAAUAAUAUGCAACUUAAAUACAUUUUUAAAAAACAUUCUGAAACUAAACUCUUUCUUUUUAGAAUUCUGACUUAAUUCUCAAAAUACUGACUCAAGAGUUUGAACUUAGAUAUAUUUAGAAAAUCUAUUCUGACUUAAACUCAGACUUUUUCUCUCAGAAUCCAGACUUUAUUUAGGAAAGACAUGCUCUAUUAAAAUACAUUCUGACUUAUUUGUUAGUUUUCUGAGUUUUUUCUCACAAUUCUGACUUUGUUUGUUUUAAAUACUUUUAAUUCUAAGAAUUGUAAAUGUAUUCAAGUUAGAUCUCAAUAGAUAUAAAAACAUUAUUUUAAAGAUAAACUCUGACAUAAAACUGAAAUACUUUUUCACAUGUGUCCCUAAUCCUCUUCCGUACUGUCAAACACUGCACUCCAUACUUUUCUGCUCUACAUGCCAAUGUCCAUGCAUGUGUGCCAUAAUGGUGACCCCCCCUAACCCAGUUGUGCAGGGACAAAACUUUCAGACAAAGAAGUGUAGAAGAAGUGUAAUUUGAUGCCCGCCCCUCUCCCCCACCAUCCCCC